UCUGGUGGUGGACUGGUGUUUGGAACCUUAAUGUGUGUCGGCGUGAUGGUGAUGCGGCCAGCGGUGAGAAAGGUGAUGAUUCUUAUUUCGGGAACGACAACUGCUUACCGUGGUGUACAUGCGAUCAAGAUUUAUAUAUCUAAACUUAAAUAUAUAGACCUUACAUGUGAUUUGACAUGGAGCGUGGUGUGCUGGUGUGGUGGAAGUCGUAUGGUAUGGUGCGGUGUACAGUAAUAUCUUUGUAUGGUGUGGUGUAGUGUGAUGUGGAGUGGUGUGUUAUAUGGUAUGCUGUGGUAUGGAGUGGUGAGAAGUGGUUUUAUGGGUGGUGUGGGAUGGUGUUUUCUGGUGUACUAUGUUGCAUUGUAUGGUGUGAUGUGUUUCGAGGUGUGUUGUGUAAUGUGGUGUGCUGCACGGUGUGGUUUACUGUGUGGUGUAUACAUACAUAUAUUGUGUGUGGUGCGAUGCGUUGUGUAGUGUUGCGUUGUGUGAUGUGUUGUGUGAUGUUUUGAGGCGUGUGCCGUGUGAUGUUUUGAGGCGUGUGCCGUGUGAUGUUUUGAGGCGUGUGCCGUGUGAGCCGUGGUAGUGUGUUUUUGUGAUGUGAUGCAUUACGAGGUGUUGUAUUGUGUUGUGAUGUUGUCUGGUGUUGUGUGGUUGUUGAGGAAUGUAGAGGAUGCUGGGAGUAAUGAUGGUGGUAGUGGUGCUCAUCAGAGGAAACUUAAUAUACUUGAUUAUUGUGUAGUGAUGAUAGCAGUAGUGGUGACGGCGGAGGCGGAGGCGGCGGCGACGGUACGUGCAUGACGAACUUCGGCCCCGCAGUCGUGGCGAGGCUGGGCCUGGGCGGCAGGUGCUGCCACCCCCCUGCCGCUCGGUGCCACAGGCAGCGGUUACCCUCGUGCUAUUAUCACACCUAAUUUUCCCACCGUCCUCCAUCCUCCAAGGAAGAAUUAAGGGGCGCGGCGCUCCCUCUCAGGUAUCUCCCUUGCCAGGCAGGGAGGUAUUCCUUCGAAGGACAAUCUCUCGUCCUAAGAAUCGUGAAGAUAAUGAGCAGCUGACACUGCCGGAAGUUUAUGGUCACUGCAUAGGAAUUUGUUCCCGCCCAUCCGCGGACGCCCCGCCCAUCCAAAGGCAGCCUCGCUCUCUCAACAUCUCCCAUUGGCUCAGUGAACGAAGCUCCUCCCAAUGGGCGCACGGGACCAGCGGGCGGACGUAUUGAUUGGAUAGUUAUGAUAGUGAAGGCAUGUGUAGCGCAGAUUGUACAUCUAACGUGGCGCUGAACUCAAACUUUGGCGACAAGAAUGAAAAUGUGUGUGUACCGGGCACCGGCGCCAGUUGGUAGACAAAGUGCGAUAAAACCAUUAAGAUAAUAGGCAGGCGGGCAGUGAGCUCCUGGUCCCCGCAUGGGACGGACCCCGGCCGCCUGCUGCCGUCCUGCACUCCUUCAGUUAGUGGCUGCCGAGGCCAGUGAGUGCCGCUGCUGCCCAGGCACUGACGGACUUAAGACGAAAAUUGUGUUGACAGUGGCGGCGGUGGCGGCGGGGUGAGCGAAGCCCUAUCUAUGCCUCGCGGAGCCUGAGUGUCGUGACCACCGAAACUAUGGCCAGUGACUCUGACCUCGGCGGGGGGCCGCUGGGGGGCAGUGCCGCCGAAGGCUCUCUGGGUCCCCCAACAUUAUACCCUCGUGUGGUGUACGAUCCCCACCGUUUAUACGACCUGCGGCCUCACCUCAACCAGACGGACGCCACCAAGUUCCUGACCGAUCGACUAUUCGACAAGCCCAUGAUGGAGCGCUGCAUGGAGCGACCGCUCGCCGAGCGUUACUUGACGGACCGUCCGUACUCGGACCGUCACUACCUGGACCGCUCUUUCCUGGAACGACUGGGACUAGACCGGCAGGAGCCUCAAGAAAGGACACUUCCGCAGGACAUGCGGGAGGGCGGCACGUUGGACCGCUCGGUGUUGGAGCGUUCCUUGCUGGAGAGGUCAGCGCUGGAAAGGCAGGUACAGGAGCGAGCACAGGCGGCGCGGGCAUUGUUUGACCGCCAGGUACAACAACAGCAGGCUCAGCUAUCUAUCUUAACAGACCACCAGACUCCGUCACCGCCCCCGCUGCCGCUGGACCACUGCCGAGAGGAAGUGCGCCUUGGUGGACCUUCAGACGACUCUUCUGACCAGGGUAUGAUGGUGGACGACGCUACAGGGCAGCAGCACCAUCAGGAUAACGAUGCGGGAGAAAUGCCGUGCGAGGGAGCGGGAGGAAGCGAGCAAGGAGGAGAAGAGACUCCGCCUUUAGGAGAAAGGGAAGUGCCCCUAGGACCCCCUGAAGAAUCCACUCACACCAGAGAGACAGAUAGUUCCCCUCCGCCUUCAUUAGUGGGGGAGGGGCGCGAUAAGAGUGAAAAGGGAGGAGAGGAAGAUAAAGAUGGUGACAAACAGGGUGGUCUAGUGAAGCCUCCGUACUCGUACAUCGCGCUCAUCACGAUGUCCAUCCUGCAGGCGCCCAAGAAGCGCGUCACGCUGAGCGAGAUCUGUGAGUUCAUCAUCAACAGGUUCCCUUAUUACAAGGCCAAGUUCCCCGCUUGGCAAAACUCCAUCCGUCACAACCUGUCGCUCAACGACUGCUUCGUGAAGGUGCCGCGCGAGCCCGGCAACCCCGGCAAGGGCAACUACUGGACCCUGGACCCCGGGGCCAUCGACAUGUUCGACAACGGAUCCUUCCUCCGCCGCCGCAAGCGGUACAAGCGGCAACCCGCACCAGAUUAUCUGAAUGACCCACACAUGUUUUCGCUAUUUACCUCUGGCAUGCUGGACCCUUUCCAGCAGCAGCAACUGCAGCAGGCAGCGGCACUCCUGGGCAGCCAUCAUCCCUUUCUACAGCGGCCGCCGAUUCCUCACACACUCCUGCCGCCGCCCCCGUACAUACCCCACUUAGGUGGCAUUCCCUUGGGCCUUCCUCACCUGGAGCUGGCCCGCCAGGUACGCCCGAUGUUACCCUUACAAGGAGGUAACACACCCCUCCUUCACCCCACACCCGUUAAGCCUCUAGCGGUGCCAGCAGGCCUCGCCCACCCAGGCUUACAGGGUCCCAUCAAGUCUCCCUGCGGCGCGCAGCUUCAGCCUCCGUCUUCACCACCCUCCCCAUCGGGCCACACUCAGCCCCUCGCGCCGCGAACACACAAGCCCUUCACCAUCGACUCGCUCAUCGGCCGUGAUGAUGGCAAGAUUGGGGGCGGGGAUGGGGGCAGUGAGUCCCCGCGCUCCCUCAGUCCACCUCUCUCCUCACCGCAGGGACUCCCCACCCUUCCCUCGUCGCCCUUCCACACCCUGAGUCGAGUUCCUGUCUCCCUCCAGUCUUCCGUCAGUUCGGCAUCGUCAGCGGGGACCCUCUCCGGCAUGGAACCGGAGCACCGGACCUUCCUGCACACCGCCCUCCUUCACUCCAUGGCGCAGUGAGGUGCCACGGACCCUUUACCGCACAUCGCCGAAACACUUGCCAGUCCUCCACGCCCAGCAUCGUACCGUCACCUCCCGACUUGUCUCACGGCUGGCGGGGAUCCCACGUGAGAACCGGGACCAGGUCUCGCGCCCUCUGCCUGGUCCUGCCCCGCCCCGUACCGCCUUACCCCGCCCUGCCCCGCCCUGCUCCAUCCUUCAUUCUUCGCGCUGUCUCGCCACUAAAUCUUCAACACCACAACAAUUACAUCAGAAUAACAUGCAGUAGGCAGCGCUGGGUGGGUGACCCGCACCUAGCUCCGCGCCCCGCCGCGCUCCCUAUGAUCCCUGAAUCCUGACCCUCGCACUGUGGCAACCAAAGUACUACAAACACUCAGCCGCCGACACAGUUGGCUGGCUUCGCUGAAAUUUAUGUUUAUUUUGUACAAAACAGUUUUCAUAUAGCUGAGGGCCUCCGGACCACUUUGAUAAAUGUAGAGUGUAAUUAAUAUUAUUGAUAAUUAUAUUAUUUAUUUAUAGAAGUUAAGGGCAUGGUACCUCGGGAGCUCCUAGGAAGUGUGGAGUGUAAAUAUGUGUUUGUUUUGUGUGUCAGUGUAUUUCUUCGCCAGGCGAGGAGCCGCGGCACCACGGAUUCUGAACUCCUCUGCACAAAUGACCAUGCUGUCACGCAAUGUACAGACUGACGUGCACAUGUAUGUGUUUCCCUUACCAGUGUGACGGAAAACUCACGCCACACAGCAAAGAUUUACUUCUGUACUGAGGAUGGAAUGAGCGGAUGUACAUUCCACGGAGCUCUGGGGAGGGGGAGGACCCAGCAGCGGCUGCGCCCGCCUGCACACACACACACACACACACACACACACACACACACACACACACACACACACACACACACACACACACACACACACACACACACACACACACACACAUAUGUACACACGCAUGCAUAUGGUAUUUCUAUUGUAUUUAUAAUAAUGGUGAUGUUGUUGGUAAUAACGAAACAAUAACACCAACAUUAAUCAAAAAGAACAUCAGUAACAGCAACAGACACAGCAGUGACAACACACCUGCACUACAAACAACGCAGGAAAACUUUCAUCACUAAACACUCUGUACGAGGUGCGCGCACGCGUGCACGCACGCACGCGCACGCACGCACGCACGCACGCACACACACACACACACACACACACACACACACACACACACACACACACACACACACACACACACACACA